CGACAAAGCAAUAAUCUCCAGGACGGAAAUGAGGAAGGAGCUCGUCACAGCUCAAGUUAGAAUAGGUUCCGGUGUAGCAGGGUGAGUUAGAGGGGACUGCAGCUGGAAAAGACUUCCAACAUGCUGUUACGAAGUUUAUUGAACAUCGGGCGUCUGUCUCUGAAGCACAGCAGAGCCGUCCACCACAGUCCUGUAUGGAGGAGUCCUCUCAUACCCAUAGUUGUGGAGCAGACGGGGAGAGGGGAACGGGCGUACGACAUCUACUCUCGCCUCCUGAGAGAACGAAUCAUCUGUGUGAUGGGUCCUAUUGAUGACACCGUAGCCAGUCUGGUAAUUGCCCAGCUGCUCUUCCUCCAGUCAGAAAGCAACAACAAGCCCAUCCACAUGUACAUCAACAGUCCUGGCGGUGUGGUGACAGCAGGCCUGGCCAUUUAUGACACUAUGCAGUAUAUCCUUAAUCCCAUCUCCACCUGGUGUGUUGGCCAGGCAGCAAGCAUGGGCAGCUUGCUCCUGGCAGCAGGUACGACUGGCAUGAGGCAUUCACUGCCCAACGCCCGAAUCAUGGUGCACCAGCCUUCAGGUGGUGCCAGGGGCCAGGCCACAGACAUCGCUAUCCAGGCUGAGGAAAUUCUCAAGCUAAAGAGACAGAUCAACAACAUCUAUGCAAAACACACUGGGCAGGCACUGGAAACUAUAGAGAGUGUGAUGGAAAGGGAUCGCUACAUGAGCCCCAUGGAGGCUCAGGACUUUGGCAUCAUUGACCGGGUCCUGGUCCAUCCACCCCAGGCAGGCCAGGAUGAGCCAGAGUUGGUACAGAAAGAACCAGCAGCAGCAGCAAGUCCCUCUCCACAGCCAGAGUCUGCAGGCCCAGAUGAGGCCUCCACCAGUACUAAUCCCCCCACUUCAUACAAACCAGAACUUUGAACUUCUACUGCAGUCUGAUCCUGGAUCUGAUGGCUGCUCUCUAGGACUCUGUGCCUGACGGGCUCUGAGAGCAAAACCUAGCUUCUCUUUUUUUUCUUUACUAGGUCGUUGUUCUCCAUAAUCUACGGCCUGCAGCCUAAACAUACAGUAUGUGGCCUGGGUAGUUCAGGCACAUACUUUUAAAGAAACAGAAUUUCAUUCCUGUAGUGUAAAAAAAUAUGACCCAGAAAACACGUACUGACCAUAGACCUCAGCAGACACCUUUUAUCCUCCAUACAGCCAGUUGAUGAAUUCUGAGAAAAACUCAAGUGUUUGAUAACUAGAUAUUUAUGGAAGUAAAGGAUGAAAGUAAAAAAACUGAACCUCCUGAAGGUUACAUGAGCUCCACAAGACAGCUGCUGAAAAUACCUUCAGGAGUGGAAUUCUUGUUAUUCAGGUUUCUAAUAAAGACAAUUUUUGACCACAAA